AUGGUAAUAAGGCUGUCACAGCUUCGUCUAUCUUUCUUUCUCAUCCUUACCUUCGCCUUUGCCAUUGAGGUUUUAGACGCUGGCGGGGAGGGAUCGGUUCGUCAAGAAGCGUGUCCGAGGGCCUGCAACUACCGAUGCUCAAAAACACAUCACAGGAAACCAUGUCUAUUCUUUUGCAACAAAUGUUGUCAUAAAUGUCUUUGUGUUCCCUCGGGAACAUAUGGGAACAAGGAAGAAUGUCCAUGCUACAACAACUGGAAAACUAAGGAAGGUCGGCCCAAGUGCCCAUGACAUGAAUUUCCAAUCCAUUAAUAAAGCUAACGUAUUACGUCAAGCCAUAUU